AAUGUGGUUUUUCAUAACAAUUGGAAUGAGGAGAAUUGGUUCGAAUGAAAUUUGUCCAAGGAAUUGUCGGUGUGAGAAGACGAUUUACGACUGUUCCGAGCAGGCCAUCGAUUCUCCGCCCAAAAUUAAAUCAGCCAGUAGAAUUUAUUUGACGAAUAAUCAAAUUGAAUUAUUACCAGAAAACUGGCUUGAGAACGCCACUAAUCUAGGGCUUUUAGCGCUGGAAGGGAAUUUGUUAACGAAAGUCAAUUGUAAGUCAUUUAAUGGGGCAUACCAGUUGACCGAAUUGAUUUUAGCGCGAAAUUCAAUUAGAGAAUUAAUAUUUGAAAAUUGCAGUUCGAUUGUAAAAUUACAAAUUAUUGAUUUAUCUGAAAAUCAGCUAAUCGCUCUACCGAUAAAUCUCGAUAAUUUCGCUCCAAGUCUAAGAGAGCUAAAUUUAUCUAGAAAUUUGUUAAAGUCCAUAAAAUUUGAUUAUUCCUACGCUAAAUUGAAUCUAUUAUCCAAUUUGGACGUUGGAUUUAACAAACUGGAAAGUAUUGAACAAUCUGAUUUUGAAUCAUUGGGAAACUCUUCGCUAAGAUUUCUCAACAUGAACAAUUGCAAUUGCCGAUUUAUUCAUUCCAAUAUCUUUGUAUAUCUACCCAAAUUGACGUAUUUAAAUAUUGGCGGUAAUUUGUUAUCGGAUAAAGAUCUGGAAGAGACGUUUCAAAUGCUUCCAGCGGACAAUAACCUCGAAUGGUUGGGUCUAAACGAUUUAAAGAAUUGUUCAACAUUUUCUAAUAGAGUAUUUAAACGCUUAAGAAACUUGAAAUCAUUGGAAGCGUCUAACAGUCGGCUAUUGGCGAUUGAACCUCAGGUGUUUGAAUCAAUUCAGAAUCUGGAAGAGUUAAUUCUAUCCAAUAAUAGAUUAUCUAUGAUUAAAGGAAUUGAAUAUUUGAAAAAUCGUAAAUUGAACAAGUUAGACUUGAAAGGGAAUAGAAUUAGUGAUAUUUCUCAUAUUCUAUCGACGAAUAUCAAGUACCUUGAUAUUAGUUUUAAUAGAAUUCGUUAUAUUCCUGCCAACUGGAUGACAGAUAGUAAAUCGGUUAUUGAAUUUAAUCUAAAUAAUAAUAAAUUGAAAACUAUCGAUGGUAAAGCUUUGAGAAGAUCGAAAAUUACUUUUUUAAACAUAUCAUCGAACAAACUGAAGAGUAUCAACUCUUUUGGGGCGGCGUCUAUUCAGCAUAUCGACGCUUCGUCUAAUAAAAUCAAGUCUGUUUCGAAUUCUCUUUGGAGAGAUUUAAACGAUCAUUUACAGCUGCUCAACUUGUCUCAUAACAACAUUUUCAAAGUGCCAGUAGCUCCUGGUGUUAAUCUACACAGAUUACAGCGAAUCGAUUUGAGUUAUAAUCCCUUGGGAGAUUCUCUCAAUAGCUUCCAACCGCACAAUUCUUUGUUUAAUUCAUUCACCUACUUACAAGAGCUAAUUAUGGACUCGUGUCGAAUAACUAGUUUAUCGAUAGUUGUAACUAGAAACUUGAGGCGUCUAGCACGUUUGUCAUUAAACGGGAACAGAGUUGAAAACCUUCAAAAACUCAAUUUGUUCCAGCUAAAAUCUCUUUUAAAUUUACAAUUAUCAAGGAAUCUAUUAAGAAACGUUAAUCCCGAAGAUUUAAUUGAUAUUCCUUUCUUAGAAACGGUUGAUCUUUCGGAAAAUCCUUGGCAUUGUUCGUGCCAACUAAAACCCCUUCUGGAUUGGCUGAAUAAAAGCGGUACCGACGUUCAGAGUAAACAAACCUCCCAAACGGUUCAUUAUCGUUGUAAAACUCCUUUAGAAUAUCAGCAUUUUUCCUUAUGGAAACUAUAUGGAACGUUAUCGAAUUGUCAUAAUUCAACCUUUUCUUCAACUUUGAAAAUAGCACUAUUCACUUUAAUCUUUAUCAUAUUUCUCUUUAUAAUUUUAUUAACAAUGAAGUUAUGCGGAGUGUUUAAAAAACUAUUGGAUUUGAGAAGAAAAUGGAGAGUUAAAUACAGAGAAGUCUCUCUAUUAGACAUUCAGGAAGUUCAUAAUAAUUCAUCGACUGUUUAA